AUGCCGAAGAUAGUAUCAAGUUCAACCGUAUCAUCAUCGGAACAAGUUCAUGCAUACCCUGAACAACAUCUUCACGUUUAUUAUUGUUUAUGUAGCGAAUUUAUAUUGGUUAUAGAUGCGAGAUUAGAAAAGUUGCCUAGACGUAAAACGGAUAAUGCUUAUAUAGUCUCCAAUGGUAAGAGAGUAUAUAAAUUAAAUGCGGUUGAAGCAACAAAUCCGGUUAUUCUAAAAAGAUCCGAUGGAUAUGAAAAACAAUAUAGAUUACAUUGUCCAAGAUGUAAUUUAUUCUUGGCCUAUGAAGUGACGGAAGAACGUAAGAAGGGACCUCAUACUUACAUUGUUGAGGGUAGUUUAACAGAGAAUCAAGGUGUCGUCCCUCAUGGCGCCAUUCCGGAAGAUUAA